CCUCCAUCUUUCUGCUCAGCUCCGGGCCAAGCUUGCCCCUGCCCCGGGGUGGGGGUGGGGGCGGCUCCCGCUUCUCCCGGGGUUCCUUGUCGUUCCCCAUCCCCGAUCCUCCGAGACUCAAUUGCCUGGGUCCCCCCUCCCCCGCCACACACACUCACACGCGCCCGCGAGCACACACGCACGCACACACUCACACGCCAGCAGGCUGCUGGCCGCUCAAUGGACCGGUUUCCCUGGUUUCCCUGAACCCAGCUUAGCCCGGGAUGAGAAAUUGCAAAAUGGCCCGAAUCGCCAGUGUGCUAGGGCUGAUCAUGCUCAGCGUGGCCCUGCUGAUUUUAUCGCUUAUCAGCUACGUGUCCCUGAAAAAGGAGAACAUCUUUACCACUCCCAAGUACGCCAGCCCGGGGGCGCCCCGAAUGUACAUGUUCCACGCGGGAUUCCGGUCACAGUUUGCGCUGAAGUUCCUAGACCCGUCAUUUGUGCCCAUUACGAAUUCUCUCACCCAUGAACUCCAAGAGAAACCGCCUAAAUGGACAUUUAAUCGGACAGCGUUUUUGCAUCAAAGGCAAGAAAUUCUUCAGCAUGUCGAUGUAAUAAAAAAUUUUUCUUUGACCAAGAGUAGUGUUCGGAUUGGACAGCUGAUGCAUUAUGAUUAUUCCAGCCAUAAAUACGUCUUCUCUAUUAGCAAUAACUUCCGGUCCCUGCUCCCAGAUGUGUCACCCAUUAUGAAUAAGCGCUAUAAUAUUUGUGCUGUGGUUGGAAACAGUGGGAUCUUGACAGGGAGUCAGUGUGGACAAGAAAUUGAUAAAUCAGAUUUUGUUUUCCGAUGCAAUUUUGCCCCGACGGAGGCUUUCCAAAAAGAUGUUGGAAGGAAAACCAACCUUACGACCUUCAACCCCAGCAUCCUGGAAAAAUAUUACAACAAUCUUUUAACCAUCCAGGACCGUAACAACUUCUUCCUCAGUUUAAAAAAGCUCGAUGGGGCCAUUCUUUGGAUCCCUGCGUUUUUCUUCCACACUUCAGCAACUGUAACCAGAACACUAGUUGACUUUUUUGUUGAGCACAGAGGUCAGUUAAAGGUCCAGUUGGCUUGGCCUGGAAACAUAAUGCAACAUGUCAACAGGUACUGGAAAAACAAACACUUGUCACCCAAACGGCUGAGCACAGGUAUCCUUAUGUACACUCUGGCCUCUGCAAUAUGUGAAGAGAUCCACUUGUAUGGAUUCUGGCCUUUUGGAUUUGACCCCAACACCAGGGAGGAUCUUCCGUACCAUUACUAUGACAAGAAAGGAACCAAAUUCACCACCAAGUGGCAGGAGUCUCACCAGCUGCCUGCUGAGUUCCAGCUGCUGUAUCGAAUGCAUGGCGAAGGGCUCACCAAGCUCACUCUGUCACACUGUGCCUAAGAACUUCAGGUGGAAAGUGCCAAAUGGCCAUUUAAAAAGUGCCCCCAAACCAAAUUGAAUAGUUCCCAGAACAGAACCCCAGAGACAAUCUGGCAAAGCUUGCCUGCCACCCACAAGGAAAGACGUGUUCUCUUCCUCUUUUGCACUGCUCUUUGGAUGGUCUUAACAAACUUGGGAUGGGUGCAUUGAAGCCACAUGAUUCAGACUUGAUUGGUAAAGGUAAUAUUGCAUUUGGAAGUAUGCUGCACAGAGAAGGGUUUGAAAUGGUUCCAAGUUUGUAUUUUAAUAAUAAACUGACUCCCCUGUGGGUGAGGACCAUGGCUGUUGUCUCUUCAGCCCUACUCGAUACCAGUCCUCAUAACCAGAGUGCUCUGGUCAGCUUCAGUAGGAUCUCUUUUGC